AUGAGCUUUGCCAGUAGUAUUUUGCUGCUAUGUUGCUUGGCAUUUUUUGCUGAACCUGGCGAAGCCUUUCAAUCUAGCUCCUGGAAGGCCCAAUGUAGUAAUCUGAGAAUACAGCCGCCAGCUACGAAUGUCGCCCUGCCUUCUAAGCAGUCCAUAUGUUCAACCGCCGCAACAACAAUACCUGUCACUCGCUGUUACUAUUAUAGCACAGAUUCGAGUGCAGAUGGAGAUUCAUCACAGCAGGCUACCAUUCGCCAGAAUGACUCUCACCUUCAGAGCUCUAUCAUCGCGCACGACUGGCAAACAGGUUCUGGUUCUAGUACUUUCUUGCAAUUGUCCUCAUCACCCAUGCCAUCCCCAUUCCCGCUGGCGUCUGAGAUUCAGUUCCGUUCGAAACCUUCUUCCCUAAAGACAUCCCAGCAAGAAGAAUACCAAAAGAGGAUACAGGAUUGGGCCGAUCUCUAUACCUCUGUCGAAGGUCUUCGCAAUCAUUUUGGACGAAACGCAAACCGUCUCUGGGGUGACUUGGACGCAGUCACCGCUCGUCGAAUCUAUCAGACACUGCUUCCAACUGCUCUUUUGUGGCUGGCUCAAACCGGAGUUCAACCUCAAGACCUGGCGCCACUGGCCUAUCAGGCCCGCAAGGCAGCAAAAUUAUACAUUCGAGAGAGAAGUCAGUUGCCCGCUCGAGUAGGAGCUCAUCUGAUCGAUGGGAUUCGACAAUUUCGCAAGCACGGAAAGUUCCAAACGCAAGGGAUGACAUAUGAACAGAUCUGGCAAAAGUACCGUAAGGUUAUCAUGGACGAACAAAACAUAGAAGAGUUUCCAUCUAGUGACAGCUUAGAGGAAGAAGAUGUGGUGGUACAAAUCUGCUACAAGAUUCUGGAAAAGAGUUGCACCACCAACAGCUAUAUUGAUGAGCUCUUCGCUUCUUCUAACGACGAGGGAUUGGGAAAGGAGCUUCAACAAAUCUCUGCAAUCCUCGAAACCGAUGUCCAUCGAUUGCUGGAUCCCGUUGUUGGAAUUCCUUUUCCAUCAGCUGUGGUGAAUAUGCCAACAGCUAGUGCAACCAAGAACACAUCACAAGAACAGCGGCACUUGAUUAGGCGCUACCACAUGUUGAAACGCAUUGCUCGAGUCAAGCAACGACUCUUGCUUCAGCACCGAUCCAAAAAACACAAGGCAGCUACUGUACAUACAUGA